GCGCUCGCCGCCGCGAUGUUGCCGAGCCAGGCCGGAGCCGGGAACGGCGCCGCCGCCGCGCUGGCCCGCGGCUCGGGACUGGGCCGGGCGCCGGUGCCGCGUGGGGCGAACGGCGGCGGGGCGGCGGCGGGGCCGCCCGGGGGCCGCCUGGAGCGGGAGGCGCUGUACAGCGGCAGCGAGGGCGACUCGGAGUCGGCCGAGGAGGAGGAGCUGGGCGGCGAGCGGCGCGGCGUGAAGCGGGGCCUGGCCGAGGCGGCGGCGGCGGCGGGGCCCGCGGCGGGAGCGGCGGCGGCCGCCUACAGCGGCGGCGGCGGGGGCGGCGGGGCCGUGAGCGGCGCCAAGCCCGGGAAGAAGACGCGGGGCCGGGUGAAGAUCAAGAUGGAGUUCAUCGACAACAAGCUGCGGCGCUACACCACCUUCAGCAAGAGGAAGACCGGCAUCAUGAAGAAGGCCUAUGAGCUCUCCACGCUGACUGGCACCCAAGUCCUGCUGCUGGUGGCCAGCGAGACGGGCCAUGUGUACACAUUCGCCACGCGGAAGCUGCAGCCCAUGAUCACCAGUGAGACGGGGAAGGCGUUGAUCCAAACGUGCCUCAACUCCCCAGACUCACCCCCGCGCUCGGACCCGACCACUGACCAGCGCAUGAGUGCCACGGGCUUCGAGGAGACGGACCUCACUUACCAGGUGUCCGAAUCGGACAGCAGUGGGGAGACCAAGGACGCACUGAAACCAGCGUUCACUGUCACCAACCUGCCGGGGACAACGUCCACCAUCCAGACAGCCCCCACCACCUCAACCUCUAUGCAGGUCAGCAGUGGCCCAUCGUUCCCCAUCACUAAUUACCUGGCGCCAGUGUCUGCCAGCAUCAGCCCCAAUGCAGUCACCAGUGCCAACGGGACAGUGCUGAAGACUACUGGAGCCAGUGCAGUGACAUCUGGGGGCCUCAUGCCGAUACCCACCAGCUUCACCCUCAUGUCAGGUGCUUCCCUUUCUCCGGGGACCCCUACCAUUCCUCUCACUCAGUUACAGCCGCACUCCCUGGCUCUUUCCAGCCAGCAGGGCCAGGUGGUCACGGGUACGGCUGGACCGCUGCAGCAGGCACAACAGACAGUCUUCCGCUUCCCUGCCAGAGCUGGAGGGCAGAUCGUGUCGCUGACAGGUGGUACCAUGGCUCAGCAGGUCCCAGUCCAGGCGAUCCAGGUGCACCAGGCACCGCAGCAAACGUCUCCCUCUAGUGACAGCAGCACUGACCUUACCCAGACCUCUUCCAGCGGAACAGUGACCCUCCCAGCAACCAUCAUGACGUCGUCUGUGCCAACCACUGUGGGUGGCCACAUGAUGUACCCCAGCCCGCACGCGGUGAUGUACGCGCCCACAUCUGGCCUUGCGGACGGCGGCCUUGCAGUCCUCAACGCGUUCUCACAGGCACCCUCAGCGAUGCAGGUGUCCCACGGCCAGGUCCAGGAUCAGGGUGGCGUCCCCCAAGUGUUCCUGACAGCCCCAUCAGGCACCGUUCAGAUCCCAGUCUCAGCUGUCCAGCUUCACCAGAUGGCGGUCAUUGGGCAGCAGAGCAGCAGUGGCAGCAGCCUGACGGAGCUGCAGGUAGUAAACUUGGACACCUCACAUGGCGUCAAGAGUGAGUGACUGAGAGGCCUCUGCUGCCGGCCUUGUGCUAUCCCCUGGCUUGCCAUGCCAGUGCUGGGGCUGGUGGCAAUUCUUUCUCGUACAGACUGCACCAGUUAUUUAUUGUUGCCUUUUCACGUUUCCUUCAUCCACACGUGCACACACACACAAACACACACACAUGCACCCACACACACACACAUAGGGCACGCGUGUGGGGCUGCAGGACCCACCUGGGGUGGAGCUAUGCUGGGGCCAUGCAGGGCUUGGGGGCAUUAGGGUGCUGUGAUAGCUGUGCUUGUCUCACGCCAGCCAAAGAAACUUGAGGGGAGGAUUGCUCUGUGCUGCAUAUAAAUACUGCGGGGCAUUCCCAGCUGGAGGCUUUGGCUCCUUCUGGGCACUCCUAAGACACCUUGCCCAUGAGCGUUUGCUCUGCAUGGGGCUCAGAUCAAACCCAGAGCUGUCCUGCAGGUGCAGUUUGGAACAGAGUGGGGCAAGGCUGUGCUGCUGGCCUCAGCAAUGUGCCUUUGUGGGGGUGAUGGGUCCUGGCUGCAGCAACUUGCCCUGGGCUCUGGAUAGGGGAGAGUGGCCAGCUUGCAUGUGCAUCUCUGGUUGGGUCUGCAGCACAUGGCCCCAUCCUCCUCGUAUGCACUACGGUGAGCCCUCUGCCCUCAGUGCCUCCUCGCUGGGCUGCCUGGCAGACUUGCAGCCUGACUGGCUCUGCCCAGUGGCUGCCCUUGCACAGCUGAGGUGGUCAGUGGACACCCAGGAGCACCGUGAUGCCCGAGAGAGCUCCUGGGGGGCUCUGCGGCCAGCCCAGUCCCACACUCUCCUCUCAGCCCUCACACUGCUUGCGGACUCCGUACACCCAGGGAAAUGUGGUCAGGUCUUUCCCACAUCCUCCUGGAGCUCCAGCCAGCGCUUUCUAAGUUCAUCUGAUGCAAGGUGGAGAAACAACUCAAGUGUCAAAGGGAAGAGCCCAUGGGGCACUGAGCUGCUGGGCACGUGGCAGGCUCUUGCUCUGAACACCAGGGUGGCCUGCAGACCAUCCUGGGCUGCGGAGGGAUGGCUGCCAUGCCUGUGUGGGCUCAGCAAAGCUGGGGGAGAAGGGCUGGAGCAUGCAUGGUCCUGCAUGGGAGUUGCUGUGAAUGGCUCUGCUACCUAGCCCUGUCCCUGGAGGGAAAGUGAGCAAGUGAGAGAAGCUGCUGAACCCUUAAGGGGAAGAAGCAGCUACUGUAACUUUUUUUUUUUUUUUUUUUUUUUUAAGUUAAAGACAAAAGAAGCCUUGGAGAAAAAAAAAAAGAAAAGAAAAAAAAAAAAAGAAAAUUACUUUAUUUUUCUAAGUGUUAAACUCAGUAUUUAUGUAAUUCUUUGAGGAAUAAAAGUUUGGCUCCUGUACAGUUUUCAUGGGGUUUGUACCAGGGGGAUGGGAGAGGGGUGGGGGGGCAUGGAGGCAGGAAAGGGGCCUUGCUUUUGAGUUUGUAUUGUAACCUUGGACAUGUUCCCUCAGCAUUAGCGUUUAAGCUGCGCUCUUCACCCACCAGCAUGUGCCAGGGAUCAAGCUUCACCCAGUGGGAUGCUUGUUUCCCACUUAGCUGUACUGAGGACUCCAUACCCAUCAUUUUGGGCUUAAUGGGCAGAAGGCAAGUUGAAGAAGUGGCUGGCCUCGAAGUGGGAAACCCAUCCCUUGGGAGCAGGGGGCUUGCAGUGUGCCCAGCAGCUGGAGAUGGGCUGGGUUUUCUUAUGGCUGUCCUGUUCGCCUCUAGCUGUGGGACCUGCAGCUGCUCUGACAUAGCUCUUGGUGUGGAGCAGUGCUACCUGUGACUGCCUAAGGGAUAUGGGCAUCCCCACUCCUCCCUAGGAGGUGAGUGGCCAGCAGUAGCUGAUCACUGCUCUCCCCGCUCACUGUGCAGGUAGCAACUCCUAGCUGACGAUCUGGGCUGUAGUUCUUCCUAUAUAGCUGUUCCUUAGUGCACAGAUGUAGACAGGUCCCACCCAAGCCCUCUCUGCAAAGAGCCCUUGGUCUGUUAUGCAGCGUGGAAAGGGCUCGUGGGGAGUGGGGUGGCCCCUCCGGUGAGAGUUACAUUUUGUGCUGCCUCCCCUUGGUAUCCUUGCUCUAAGAGUGAUGUAUACCCUGCAGCUUGGAGCAUGUGAGAACGCUGUGCCAUACCCCAUUGCUAGGUCUGUGAAAGCUGCUCAGUGAUGCUUCCAAAACAAGGCUGGGUAGCUAGGUAGCAUCCAGGGAGGAGGAUGGGGUUGGGGUUCGCAUUAUCCUUUGCCCCAGCACAUCGCUGUGGCCUGGCUUUACUCUGCUUUGCUUGUGCUAGCGCUGCGGAGCAGAGCGGUUGGGCUGGGUUGGCAGGAGUGCCCCUGCUGCUCCAGGGUGUCUGGCUGCAUCCCCUCCCUGGUUCCCCAAAGGCAACUGCUGGUUAAACGCUAAUGGUGUAUUUUAUUUAAGUACCGACUUGUAAGAACACUUGUGUAUCAGGGAUGAAAUGGCAUUUAUUGUGUGGUGACAUUUUAGUUCAUUUUACUGGUUUGAGGGUUGUGUGUGUGUGCGUGUGUGUGUGUGCGCGUGUGUACGCAUAAGUGUGUGUGGGAUUUUUUUUUUCCCCUCCAGUUUCCAGGGUUGUGUUUCUGGAAGGAUGUGGAAGUAAUCACAGUACUAUGUACAGAGCUUUCUUUUGUAUUAAAAACAAAAAAAAUACUCUUUCAAUAAAUGUUAUCAUUUUGUGCACA